GAAAAGUAAUAGGAAAAAAUGGCAAACUCAUUCAGGAGAUAGUGGACAAAUCUGGCGUUGUAAGAGUGAGAAUUGAGGCUGAAAAUGAUAAAAAUAUUCCACAAGAAGAGGGCAUGGUACCAUUUGUGUUUGUGGGAACCAAGGAUAGCAUCACUAAUGCAACUGUUCUUCUGGAUUAUCAUCUUAAUUAUUUAAAGGAAGUGGACCAGCUGCGUUUGGAAAGAUUGCAAAUUGAUGAGCAACUUCGACAGAUCGGAGCUACUUCCAGGCCACCGCCGAACCGUACGGAUAAGGAGAAGGGGUACAUGGCUGAUGACGGCCCAGGGCUGGGGCGCGGCAGUCGGCCUUACAGAAACCGAGGGCACAGCCGGCGUGGGCCAGGCUAUGCUUCAGGAACUAAUUCUGAAGCAUCAAAUGCUUCUGAAACAGAAUCUGAUCACAGAGAUGAACUUAGCGACUGGUCAGCAGCCCCAGCGGAAGAGGAGAGAGACAACUACCUGCGCAGGGGAGAUGGGCGAAGACGUGGAGGUGGUGCAAGAGGCCAAGGAGGAAGAGGACGUGGAGCAUUCAAAGGAAAUGAUGAACAGUCCCGAACAGAUAACCGUCAGCGUAACUCAAGAGAUGCAAAAGGGAGAACAGCAGAUGGAUCUCUUGAGAAUACCUCCAGCGAAGGCAGCCGGCUGCGCUCGGGGAAGGAACGGAGCCAGAAGAAGGAGAAGACAGACAGUGCAGAUGGUCAACAGCCGCUGGUGAACGGAGUACCCUAAACUGCAUAAUUCAGAAGUCAUAUUUCCUAUACUGUUUCAGUAAUUACUAUUCCAUGUUAGAGAAACUUGUUAGGCCAAAGACAAAUAGUAGGCAAGAUGGCGCAGGGCAUGAAAUGAACAUAUGUUCUCUGUUAGCCUUUUUUACCAUCACCAGUAUGCAGUUGUUUUCAGAAUAAGAAGUUAUUCCAAUAUUUGCAUCAAAAUACCUGAACUUCCGAAAAUCGCUUCCAAGUACAUAUUGCAGUUCAAACAAUGGAAGAUUCUUUUGUUUGUUUUAAAAAUACUGAGCUGUGCAUUGGUAAACUUUCUGUUCAGUUGUACCAUUUUAACACAUUGGGUCAAAUUCACUGCUCAAUUUCAAUUUUCAGAAUAAAUAGUGUUUGCAGUAAUCAAAUGGCUUCUGUUUUCAAUCUAACUUACCAGUUCUUCAUGAAAUGCUAAGUCGUUUUAUGUCCUGUGUCAGUUCACAUUCUGGUCCACCUUUUUCAAUAUUUUGGUGGACCCUGAAAUAUGUGUGAUGUAACAAUUGUCAUUUUCAUUAGCAAAAAAGUUGUAUGAUCUGUGCCUUUUUUAUAUCUUGGCAGGUAGGAAUAUUAUAUUUGGAUGCAGAAAUCAGGGAAGAUGAGUUGGUAACACUAAAUGUAAAAUAUAUGUAGCAAUCCUUGUCAGACGUUAGUACUUUAUAGACAAGUGCAUGCUUUCCAUAAUUUUUUCCUUACAUAAACAUUCAGUUAGGCAGUUAUAAGAAUAGGAAAUUUAUUUUGCACUGAAGAUUUGGCAAAUAGUGUUAUUGAAAAAGGGGUGUAAUUUUUUCUUUGUAGGCAGUACAGAAGCUUUUUUUUUUAAAAAAAAAUGUAAAAAAAAAAAACCUUUCCAUUGUGGAAAACUAAAAAACUCAUUGUUACUGAGGGAACAAGUGUAACAUGUUCACAAGCUAGUAAUGUGUGCCUGCUAUUUGGCCAGAUGACCAGCCUAGCGUUGAUGGUUUUCAUUCUCCUAAAAUUUUUGAAUUGCUUAUUUUGAUUUGGGAGCUAUUUCAGGAGAGGUAGGAAGAAAAUUAGCACAUGUAAUGCCCUGGAAAGUUCAGAGACAGUAGUGGAGAUAUUUGAGAUAGAUCAAAAGCUCAUUGUAUUUUGAGGUACAAGGUCCUAGUUAGCAGCCAAUACGAAGGUGUCGCAGAACUUGAUCCAAAGUGCAGCCAUACACCAGGGAAGGGUGGGAAGUGGUGGGAGAAGCUGUGCUUUCUUUCAUUUCUGAUCACACAUAAAACUUACUGGGCACAACUGCAUAAGGACCUCCAUUUUAAUCCAUUUUUAUUCAGAUUACUCCAGAAGGAGAGCCACUGUUUAUGUACAGAAUUGUACAAACUUGACCUUGCCUCUGAUGUAUUUUGUGAGUUUUGUUUCUUUGCUUUCUUCAUUCUUUUUGUUUCCUUGCAUACAGGUGAGCAUACUAAAACUGGCAACGAACUGCACAUGAUUUAACAAAUAUAAAAAUGUCUUAAAAAGUAUUGCCAAACAUUAAUGUUGAUUUCUAGUUAUUUAUUUUGGGAAUGUAUAGUAUUUGAAAACAGAAAUUGGUACCUUGCACACAUCAUCUGUAAGCUGUUUGGUUUAAAAUACUGUAGAUAAUUAACCAAGGUAGACUGACCUUGUAAUGUAACUGCUCUUGGGCAAUAUUCUCUGUACAUAUUAGCUACAACAGAUUGGAUUUUAUGUUGACAUUUGUUUGGUUAUAGUGCAAUAUAUUUUGUAUGCAAGCAGUUUCAAUAAAGUUUGAUCUUCCUCUGCUAACUGAUGUUGAUGCAAUCCUUACAAAUGAUUGCUUUUAAAAAUCUCAACUUACAAAAUGUAGAAAGUAUUUCUUUGUUUAGACUUUAACUGUAGCCAUUGUUUAUUUACACACUUUAGAAAAGUCUCAAAUAUUACCAGUUUUCAAAAAUAUGGCGCAUAAUGCUCAAGGAGAUGCAGUCUCAUAUGGAAUGGUACAGUACCUGUUGAGUGGUCACACUUCAUGCACUCUAUUUCUCACAUCCAGUGGUUGAGUUCACUAAGGUGCUAACUAGGUUAAAUGUGAAAUUACUAAACUAGUCUGACUAAUUGGCUGCAUUCCAUUUUCAAGUGGAUUUUGGGGUUUAUGACCUUUUUCAGUAUUUGUGUGCUUAACAUGUAUCCCUUUCAAUUCAUAUUCCAGUGGUUUUAAAUGUUAUUAAAUUUCAACAGAUUAAACUGUGAAUCUAAAUGUACACUUUUAUUUUGAAAAGUCAUGUUGUUACAAAACUUGAAAGUGCAACAAAUGUCUGAUGCUUGAGUUCAGGUCCGUCCGACUGGUAACUUAUAAAGUAUGGUCUAAUGAAUUAAAAUUAUUUUUAAAAUAAAGUUCUUUAAAAAGAGUGAGAGGUAUUUGUGAAUGGUGCCAAAGUCUAAAUUCAGUAGGGUUAAGCUCAAAGCCUAUGAAUUAACAAAUGCUUAUAAAAAUAGAAGUUUUGUGUUUGCUUUCUUUACUGGAUACAUUUUUGUUGAUGGUGGUGGGAGGUAUGACUUUCAGAGUUGCUGUUAAAACUUUAUCAAG